AUGCUAGCAGAAUCCACUCUCGCUCCAUGGCAACUUUCUGCAUCACAAAGCAGUUUCACGAUUGUAACUCAUGCUGCUAGCGAACAUAGAGCUCCAUGCUCUGACGUGGAUUCUUCUAUUAAGAAGCGAAACAUGCUUGCCUGUGCUCGAUGUGCUGACUCACGGAAGAAGUGCAACAUGUCACCGCCAUAUUCAUCUGACAAAUGUGAAGGGUGCACUCGGGCAGGUGUAGCUGUCUGUCCUCCCCACAGACCUCGGAAAAACGGACACAGCAACUUUACCCUUCUCCUGAAACAGCCAAUCAAUCCUAUCCAGACUGGUGCUUCGACAUCUUCUGUGCCUGAUCAAUCCGUUCCUCAAUCCUCAGCAAUGAAUGGAGCGACUCAUUAUCAGCAGAUGACGGGUCUAUUUAACGGGGAACAGGUCAUCGGAGGAAAACAACUUGAAUUGCCCCUUCCUUUUAAUCCGACUAGUGACACAUGCAUGUUGCCUCUGAGUACCAAUACCAAUGGCUCAUAUGCUUAUCCUGUGGAGACGGAGUUGUCAACAAGUGACGAUUGGGAACAACUAUGGCUCAGUAUCACAAAUGAUUAUUCAGAGUUUGACUGCUGGGUAUGCCGCACAGGUCUUCCUUGUGUACACAACGGACAACUGUCGACUGGCGAGCUGUAA